CACCUUCUCUCACAUAUAUAAACCCAAUAUCGCGACCUGUGUCUUUCUUCUCCAUUUCGUCUCGAAGCCAAAGCCGCACUCCUCAGCCCAUCAAUCACUCUCAGCACACUCUUUCAUCCGCACGAAGCAGCCAUGUCGAGGCGAAAGCAAAGGGAGCCAAAGGAAGAAAAUGUGACCCUUGGGCCUGCUACUCGUGAAGGAGAACAAGUUUUUGGAGUGGCUCACAUUUUUGCAUCCUUUAAUGAUACAUUCAUUCAUGUAACUGAUCUGUCUGGCAGAGAGACACUAGUUCGCAUCACUGGUGGUAUGAAGGUAAAGGCCGAUAGGGAUGAGUCUUCACCCUAUGCGGCUAUGCUUGCAGCACAGGAUGUAUCGCAGAGAUGCAAGGAACUUGGCAUCACUGCUCUUCAUAUCAAGCUCCGUGCUACUGGAGGAAAUAAAACCAAGACACCUGGUCCUGGUGCUCAGUCUGCACUCCGGGCCCUUGCUCGUUCUGGAAUGAAGAUUGGUCGCAUAGAGGAUGUGACUCCCAUCCCUAGUGACAGCACUCGAAGGAAGGGUGGUAGAAGAGGUAGAAGACUGUAGGCUGGCUUCUUGCGUCAAUCAUCUCAUUAUUCAACUUUGGUGCUGGUAAUGAAGUUGCUUGGCUACAUCUUGGAAGGGUAUUAGUUGGCAUAUUUUUGUAGUUUUUGAAAAUGGUUGACUUUUGCUUUAUAUCAAGCUUAUUAAUGUAGAAUGAAGGGUGUGAGAUUAUCUAUGGAAUUUGUGUUCACAUAAAUGAAUUUUUUGACUUGAUGUUUCCAAUUAGUUUAUGUUUCUCUA